CCAAUCUCUGGACACACUUCCAAACACUCCUCCGGGGCGCAGCACACAGGACACGCGCGCUAAAGUAAGAAAGUUUUUUGAACUCAGCACCACAAUCUCUGAUUGUUUCAGGGUGGCUCGCUGUAAACUUUAGACUUUACUUUGAUUUCCAGAGGAUUCUUUGUUCGGAUGCGAAAGUACAGCGGGCUUCUUAUUAUCUCCCUCUGCGUAUCGAGAGCAUUCUUCAUAUGAUGCUCGGAUUUUGCAAAAGUGUUUUCUCCACGCUUUGGAUCCAAAAUGUGAGGAUUUCUGUCGGAAUAACUUCGGACGCUGAAUAAAGGGAAGCCUGAUCUGCGUUGUGACCAGCGUGAAACUCGUUUUAAUCCAACUAAGUCUGAAAUGGGGCCGUCAUCUAAGCUGCUUCUCGUUGCUUUUUUGGUUUGGGUUGAAGGUUCCUCUCUUCACUACUCAGAAAGCCGCUCAAGUCGCCUCUAUCCAGAGAAAACCUUUGGCCGAUCCAUCAAAGACUCCCAGUGCCAGCACAUGCUAAAGCACCUUCACAAUGGCGCCCGGAUCACUGUGCAGAUGCCUCCCAGCGUGGAGGGCCACUGGGUGUCCACCAGCUGUGAGGUCAGACCAGGCCCAGAGUUCCUGACACGCUCCUACAGGUUUUACCCCAACAACACCUUCCAGGCUCACCAGUUUUAUUAUGAGGACAACCACUGCACCAAACCCAUCUACACGCUGGUGAUUCGGGGUCGACUGCGUUUACGCCAGGCCUCCUGGAUCAUCCGCGGUGGCACAGAGGCGGAGUACCAGCUCCAUCGUGUCCAGAUGGUGUAUCACACAGCCACCGUGGACAAAGAGCUCAGCCAGAGGCUCAACCGCAGCUGCCGAGGGGCAGUGAAGGGCGCCUGGGAACCCAACGCGAUGUACGAGCUGGUGAGCGAGGAGGGCGACUACGACUGCACCAGAGAUCUUAACUUUGCCAUGCAUGAGCUGCAGCUGCUGAGAGUGGAGAAGCAGUACCUGCACCACAACCUGGAUCACCUGGUGGAGGAGCUGUUUCUAGGAGACAUACACACUGAACCAUCGCAGAGGUUGUACUACAAGCCGUCCAGCUACCAGACCGCUUUGCAAAACGCCAAGAACCACGACCACAGCUGCAUCGCCUGUCGUAUCAUCUACCGCUCGGACGAGUUCCACCCUCCCAUCCUGCCGCCGCGGGCCGACCUGACCGUCGGGCUGUACGGUCAGUGGGUGAGCCAGCGCUGCGAAGUUCGCCCGGAGGUCCUCUUCCUGACCCGCCACUUCAUCUUCCACGAUAACAACCACACCUGGGAGGGCCAUUACUACCACUACUCGGACCCCAUCUGUAAACACCCCACCUUCACCAUCUACGCCCGUGGCCGCUACAGCCGAGGGCUUCACUCAACCCGCGUCAUGGGCGGAACAGAUUUUGUCUUCAAAGUGAACCACAUGAGAGUGACUCCCAUGGACGUGGCCACCACAUCCCUCCUCAAUGUCUUCAGUGGUAAUGAGUGUGGAGUGCAGGGGUCUUGGCAGGUCGGUGUGGAGCAGGAUGUCACCCUAACCAAUGGCUGUGUGGCGCUGGGCAUCCGGCUGCCGCACACUGAGUAUGAGCUGUUCCGCAUGGAGCAGGACGCUCAUGGACGCUACCUGCUCUACAACGGCCAGCGCCCCAGCGACGGCUCCAGUCCGGACCGCCCGGAGAAGCGAGCCACGUCCUACCAGAUGCCCCUGGUCCAGUGUUCAUCCAGCAGCCAGCCAUCAGAUUCCAGCCAAAGGGAUGACCCAGAGAGGCCUCCGUUGCACCCCAACGGCUGCACGGGAUGGCACAGAGGCGGCCAGAAACGCGCCGCACUGGCCAUCGCCGCGUUCGUUACUGCUCAACUUCUAUUCUGGCAAAGCUAGAGAGCAGGUUGAGUAUUUUAUCCACAAAGACACAAAAGAGGAGUGUGGAUUCAUCAGAGACCCAGAGGGGGUCACAGAGACUGCAUUGGUAGACUAAGUUUACAUUUGUUGUUUUAAUGAAUAAAGGAGCAUAAAGACUGGUCCCUAAACCUCUGAACUCUUUACCAAAGACUUGAGACCGCUGCACCACAGAAACUGCACUUUAGAGUGGAACCAAAGACUGACCUGUGUUUAUACAAACAUACAAAGAUGUCUUUAUAUCCACACACAGACAUGAGAAUAUGUUAUAUAUGAUCUAUUUACCUGCGACUGUUUUAUAUGAUCUAUUUAGCUUUGACUAGAUCAUGCUUUUUUUUUUUUUUUCUUCCCACCACCUUCAUAGAGAAACUCAUACAAGGAAACAUUUUCGACAGUGAAAUUUUGACAGUGCUCUUCCCCACUCAUCGGAGGACACGCUCGUCACCGUUUACAAUAAAAUGUACUUAACGUGUUAGAAUUUUUUUAUUUUUUUUCCCUUUUCGACAUAUAGCCUUGAAGUAUGGUGAAGUCGGCAGCAGGUAUUGGCCUCCUAUUCCAAAUAAUGACCAAGCGCUUGUCUUGAAUGAAAUAAAACGCUUUCAUGUGCCAACAGUUACCCUCCAUGUAAUCUAGAGAGAUGUUUUUGUUCCCUCACCGCUCAGACAGCUGCUUCCUCGCUGGCAGACACUCGACCUUGAGUCCAACGAGGCGGUUUUGUAGUUACGCAAUGCUCACAGUGGGAACGACACCUGGAGAAGUGACAAACUACCACAUACGAGAAUGCAGGAGAUCACUUCAAGUGAGAGCUACUUUAGUUUGUCCAAGUCAUUCUCUAUACUACUAAUAAAGUGGAUAUUUUGGUUCUUUAUCAAUCUAUUGCAACUGUGAACGAUGACUGUUUUAUUUCUCUCUGACUAUACGCAAAGAUCUAAAGGCAGGUUUAGAUCUUCUGCCAGUUACUUUCUUGAUUAAUUGUUGAGUCUAUAAAACCUGUGAUCAAAUGGCUGUAACAUUUAAUAAACAUUCAGAGGUCCACUUCUAUUUAAAACAAAUAUGAAAGCAGUGAAAUCCAUAUGAGAUGGAAACUGGACAUCUGGAAAAAAUUUCUCUUGGAAAAACAACCUAAAACAUCCCUGCAAUGUAUUUAAUGUUAGCUCUGAAAUUAUACUGCCAGUAAUUUUACAUUUCUAAUUGCUAUUAAUGGAACUGGAAAUCCAUGGAUUUAUUGAACUACAGCUUCUGGGCUAGUACUACAGGAAAGAUUUUUACUACGUUACUCCCUUUUCAAGCAUAAAUAGGAACUCAUUUGUCAAGGUUAAGAGGAUUAUCCUUUCUUAAAAUAAAAUUAAACCCUUAAAUUUUGGGAAAUCUACUUAAUUGUGUAAUAAAAUGACAAUUCUAUGAUUUGCAGUCACUAAAAACUGUUUUUCUCUUUUUAAAGGGUAAUACUUCAGUAUGCUAGUUUGUUUCACUCCAUCCAUUCUGGAAACUUAAGCUAUUUUUCAGUGAGAAAUCAACAAGCACUUGGAUGUGUUUCAAUUUGAUCAUAAUUAACUGUUCACGCUUAUGAUACCUCAUCGGUGAAGAGCAGAAACUUUACAUCUCUACAAUCAAAAAUAACUACAGUUAGACCCAGACAUUUUGGACAAUUAAAAUGUUUUGUUUUGCUUUUGUAAA